UCUGCCCGGGCGGGCGCCCACGAUGCUGCCCGGCGCGCCCUGGCACGCGGCGGCGCCCUCGGAGCUCCCGCAGCUGCCCGCCGCGCCGGGCCCCGGCAGCCUGGGCCGCAGCUUCCUCAUCGAGAACUUGCUGCGGGCCGGGGGCGCCCCGCCGCCGCCCCCCGGGCCCUUCGCCGCGGGCGCCCAGCUCCGGCCGCUGCCGCUCAAGCCCGGCCCGGCCGCGGCGCCCUACGGCUCGCGCUGGCCCUUCCAGGUGCUGCCUGGCCGAGCCCCGGGCCAGCCGGACGGCGGCUACGGCCCCGCAGCGCCAGUGCCUUCCAAGCCCUUUUUCCUGACCGCCCCACCGUUCUACUCGGAGUGCUGCGGAGGGUCCUGCCGGCCCCCUGCGUCCCCCACUGCCUUCCCAAGAGAAGAGACUGUGCUGCCUCUCUUCACACAGGACUCCAAUUCCAAGACCCGGAGGGGUAUUUUAAGGAGAGCUGUCUUUUCCGAGGACCAGAGAAAGUCUCUGGAGAAAAUGUUCCAGAAGCAGAAGUAUAUCAGCAAAACAGACAGAAAGAAACUUGCCAUCAACUUGGGACUAAAGGAAUCUCAGGUGAAAAUUUGGUUUCAGAACAGAAGGAUGAAGUGGCGGAAUUCCAAAGAAAAGGAGGUGCUUUCCAACAGGUGCACCCAAGAAGUGGGCCUUGCCGAGGGGCCCCUGGGCUUCUCUGCGCCUUGCUCCGCACUUUGGAAGGUGUCCCAGCAGCGCCUGAGUCCGGGGUGGAGGGGGCACUCGCCGGCACCUGCGGACGCGCUUCCCCGGGGGGCUCCAGCCGCGGCUGCCCCGAAGGCCAGCGGGCCGCAAGCCGCCGCGUGUCUGUGCUCGGGAGGAGAGCCUGGAGACCCGGGGGCGCACACCGGGGCCGCUGAGAACGGGCACCUCUCUGUGAUAGCUCAGAACCACGCGUAACUAGCACUAUUCGUACUCAGUGCCUGAAACCUAGUGCCUUGGGUGCCCGGAACUAACGCUCUCCAGUGCUCUCUUAGAUGGGCCUGGACCCAGACUGGUGUGCGUAGGAGAGUCUUCCAGAAAGCGUAACGGAAUAGGAAGAACGAGGGUGGGAGCUGGUGCAGCCCCUGCGUUGAAUAUGUGUAUAUGUGUCCAUUUGUGUGUAUAUAAGUGUUCAUUAAAAAUACAACAGUAGCAAUUAGUUUCUUUUUAAAAACUGCAGUGAGCAAAUCCAUUUACUUUUUUAUGAGGAAAAGCAAAGCACUGAUUUAUUGUCACUAUUUUUGAAGUCAUCUAAAAUUUGUCCAAAUUUGUCCAAAACUGUAAGAACAUGUUUUAGAAAGUUCCCCAUUUUUCUGGUUUCUUUCUGUAUCCAGCUGCAAAUAAAUUUUAAUAAUUGAGUUCAACAAUUCUAACUAUUAUUAGACAUAUAACCACUGAAAGUAUAUAUUUAAAGUUAACUCGAUAAGCAAGUUUGAAGAAUUUAUUAAUGUAAUUACCAUGUUCUUAAUUUUUCAAGUUCCUGGAUUUAUUAAACCAUCAGUAAGAGAA